AUGGAAGAGCAACCUAAACCGAAGUUGUUCACCCGGGAGGAGCUCAAGUCACGGUGCACGCGCAAUGACGCGGUCCUUAUCAUCCACAACGAGGUUUACGACGUCACCAGCUUCCUAGCAGAGCACCCCGGUGGUGAAGAGGUGCUACUGGAAAAGGGUGGCCAGGACGCUACCGAGCCUUUCGAGGAUGUCAGCCACAGCUCCGAUGCCAGAUCUUUGAUGAAGAAGUACAAGAUCGGCGAGCUGGUGGAAGCAGACCGAGUGCAGAGUAAGAACGCUUUCUCACCCCAAUGGACCAACGACCAGGCGCAGGAGCAGGGCAACACGUGGACUUCGUGGCUGACACCGUUGCUGCUGGGCGUGGCCGCCACCAUCCUCUACCGCUACCUGUUCGCGUAG